CUAGCUGAGGAAGAACUUGAUUAUUUUUUUUUCGAUUUCUAUGAGUCUGGUCUUCCCGGUAUGACUUUAUCAUUUCUACUAUUUUUAAGUAAAUGCUGAGAAAUAUCACAACAUCUCUCUCUCUCUCUCUCUCUCUCUUACUCUCUCUGUCAAAGAUACUGAUGUUCUGACAGAAUAUCUUGAAAGUGUCUUGAAAGUAAAAUAUGAAUUAUUGCUUUGGCAAGAACACUUCUUGACUGCAAGUAACUCAUAGUUGACUAUUUUUUACUUAAAGAUGUAACAUCUCUAGAAAAUAAUCUCUUCUGAAGCAAAAGAAGUUACCUGCAACACCAUCUAUUUAUUGUAGAAAAGAUAGGCAUGAUUUCCAAAUUCUUCACAUCAAAUAAUUCUAGGUUGAGAGAUUUUAGCUUUAACUCUCCAAGGUAUCUGCUUUGAUAUUCUAUUAUGGAUAUAGAUGAACCAGUUUUCAAGGAUCCACUUGUGUAGAUUUAAAUGAAAAAUUAAGCAUUCUUUGUCAUUUUGUUUAAAUCAAAUAGCGUCUUCAUUUUCCCUCUGGGCAGGCAAUCUACUUAGUUUCACUUCAAAGUAAAUUCACAAGCUCAUACAGCUCAUUCACACAGAAAACAUUCACUUUACAUAGACUAAAGGAUUGGUCAAGGCAAUGCAGGGAUACCUAGGAUUGUAUUGAAUUAGAAUUAAAUGUCACUUAUGCUGACAUAUUUAGAAUUUAGUUCCACUGUGUCCAAUAAAAUAGCCAACUCUAUCUAAUGGUUGAUCUAAUUGUAUUCAAAUAAAUUUUUAUUAAAGCUCUUAAUUUUUUAAGCUUCUUCAAUUGAAAUACUUUAAGCUGCUUCUUGACUAAAUUAAUUAAUAACAAACUCCAAUAUACAAUAUUCCUUAUUGACUAAUAAAACUCAGUUGUUUUGGACAUUACAGAUCAUCAAAUUAGUAAUUAUAAUAAAGUGUCUAAAACAAAUUUUCUUGGCAUUUUGGAUUACUUAUUAACAGGAAUCCUUGGGAUUAAAUAGAAACAAAUGACACAAUGACAUAAUAAAGAAAUAAGCAUAUAAUUUUUAUAUAAUGUAAAUGCAGAUAUCAAAUGCAUAUACUGUAGCCAUUAGUUUUUAUGUUUGGUUUCAUAAAGCCACAUACAUAUAUUUUAACAUAAUGAACCAAAUGUGAUUUAUUUAUUUUAAAGUUUUUAUGUCUUUCUGCAAGUCAAUUCACUGUGCUAUUAUGUCUUUCACUUUUCCAUCCUUUUUACUAUGAAGUUCUCUAGAGAGCAAAGACUUGGAUGUAACAUUUUCUGCGAGAGCCCCACAAAACACCAUGAAUAAGAAGAAUUUCAGAAAUUGAAAAGGGAUAAGAGGAAGGAGAAAAUGCUGGGCUGGUGUGAAGCGAUAGCCCGUAACCCUCACAGAAUUCCAAACAACACACGAACACCCGAGAUCUCAGGGGAUUUGGCUGAUGCCUCACAAACCUCCACAUUGAAUGACAAAUCCCCAGGGCGAUCUGCAAGUCGAUCAAGUAACAUUUCAAAAGCAAGCAGCCCAACAACAGGGACAGCUCCCAGGAGCCAAUCAAGGUUGUCUGUCUGCCCAUCCACUCAGGACAUCUGCAGAUCUGCCAUCUUGCAUGACAUGUCAGAAGAGGCAUUUGAGUAUUGCACCCCUGUCAUGGUGCUGAGCCCUGCUAGGAAGGAGUCUGGUAAGAAACCAGUAAAACAGAGACCUAGAAGGAGGAGAAGGGCCUCUGAGAGAUAUGAGCAUGAAGAAGAUCAAAGAAAAGGGAGAAGAAAUGAUUUUCACCUCCAAAUCUCAAGCCCCAGAUGGAGGGAGCUUUCUACAGAUUCUUCAGAUUCAUCUUCCACAGAUGACAGUCACUGGAUUCAGGCAAAAAGAAGAGCCCAGGUUAAAUUCAGACUGUCAAAAAGAAGAAGGAGAAAUAAUAAUAAGCCAUGUGAAAACUUAGAUGGGUCUUCUACUCCUAAUGGAAUUGAGCUUGUUGAAUUGGGAUCCAAAGGUAAAAAUCAACAAGAGACGAUGGAAUGUGAGAGUUGCUCUUUAAACCUCUGCAGAGGAAAAGGCACAAGGUACCAAGAAUGCAGCCCUUCCCGGACUAGAGGAUCUUUUGAGAUUAAGAGAUCGCCAAGGAACCAAGAGACUAGCCAAGGUAGAUACCACCACAGAGAUUCUCAACUCUUGCAAAGUCUUAGGCAAACUGAAAUAAUAAAGAAGAGAUUUUCAGAAACAGAUUCCAGCACUGAAAUGCUGGCAAUUAAAGAAGGCAACAAGUACAUGGAAGAUGCAGGGCUCCCGGUGAAUGACCCUGUUCAGAAGCCUCCUGCCACCUGCGAUGAUGAUGGGUCUGAUAAUUUAGAAACAUGCAGAAUCUGUCACUGCGAAGGGGAUGAAGAGAGCCCCCUCAUCACACCCUGUCGCUGCACAGGGACCCUGCGCUUCGUCCACCAGUCCUGCCUCCACCAGUGGAUCAAGAGCUCAGACACGCGCUGCUGCGAGCUCUGCAAGUAUGACUUCAUAAUGGAGACCAAGCUCAAGCCCCUGCGGAAGUGGGAGAAACUACAGAUGACCACGAGUGAAAGGAGGAAAAUAUUCUGCUCUGUCACAUUCCAUGUCAUCGCCAUCACCUGUGUGGUUUGGUCCUUGUACGUAUUGAUAGAUCGGACAGCAGAAGAAAUCAAGCAAGGCAAUGACAACGGUGUCCUUGAAUGGCCAUUUUGGACAAAACUGGUUGUGGUGGCCAUUGGCUUCACAGGAGGUCUCGUCUUCAUGUACGUGCAGUGUAAAGUCUACGUUCAGUUGUGGCGUAGGCUGAAGGCCUACAACCGUGUGAUCUUUGUACAGAAUUGCCCAGACACUGCCAAAAAACUGGAGAAGAACUUCUCCUGCAAUGUAAACACAGACAUCAAGGACGCCGUGGUAGUGCCUGUGUCACAGACAGGUACAAAUUCACUGCCAUCUGCAGAGGGCGGCCCCCCUGAAGUUGUGUCAGUUUGAUGGAACCAGUCUGGAGUUUCUUCACCGAAGACUAUCUUUCUAGCCCUCGGCCACUACAAGUGACAGAAGUGAUCCUGAAUUAUUCACUUCCUUCAGCUCCUCCUUUCUCCUACUGACGCAUUUGUCCUUACUUUGCUCAAAAAGGAAAGGAGAACGCACCAAAUGACCAGGAUCCCAUGAGGUAUAGCCUGAAGUGUGAUAUGGAAAUGUGACAAUUAAGAACCACUGGAGCAAUGGAUGCUUUUAGGCAAUGGUAAUGAUUAAAUGGACCGUGAUGCUCUUCAUAGUAGCAGGGGAGAAGUUGAAGAUUGCAAACUUGAAUCGCAAUGUGUAUUUCUUCUAGGGCCUUGUAAUGUUAACUAUCCCAUUUGGAAAUAACAAACAUAUUUGGUUUUAAGCCUGAAAUUGUCUGCAUUAUCCCUGAGUCACAUUGGAAGCAAACUAGGAGGAUGCAUAUUUUGAUAUACUUGGACAGCUAACAGAUUUUUAUGGUUAUGGUGGAGUCCAGUUAUUUUGACAGAUGCAUGUUUUUAAAACAGGUGCAAUAUACAUUUGAGGAUAUUAAUGCUCAGAAUUGUUUAAAUUAUGAACGGAAGAUUUUCAGAGAAUUUUUGUGUUUAAGUAGCUCUGUUAAAUACCCACAGGAAUCAGCUAUCAGGUCCUCUAUUUUGUCUGGCCCCUCUAACACAGUUCUGUCCAAUAGAAAUAGAACAUUAGCUACAAAUGCAGGCCACAUAAUGUAAAUUUUUAAUUUCCUAGUAGUCCCAUUAGAAAAAGCCAAAAUAAGUGGUGAAAUUAAUUUUGAUAAUAUUUUUAUUUAACACUAUAUAUAUAUAACUUAUUUCAACAGUCAUCAAUAUAAAAAGUUAUUGCGAUAGGAUAGUUUACAUCUCGUUUUUGAACAAGUUUUCGAAAUCCAAAAUUCACUUUGUAUUUUACAGCACACCUCAAUUUGAAUUAACUAUAUUGGGUAGCACAGCCUCAAAAUUAGAGACUAGGCCUCUGCUCUAUUUAACAGUUGAAUAUUUCAAAACAGCAGCUUAAUUCAUUCUUUUAUUUCAAGCCCCACAAAUGGUAUGAUUUUACAAAGCACUAAGUAGUGCUUUGUAAUUAAGUAUCCUGGUUUAAAGAGUUUAGUAUUUUACAAAGUUUAAAGAGUUUAAAGAUUUUACAAAGCACUAAAUCAAAUUAAGUAUCCUGGUUUAAAGAUGUAGUUCACAUUUCUAUAAAGGGUUAGGUAUAGAACGAUAAAGCAAUCUACCUGUAGCAAAGUUGUGAAAUUAACUUCUGUUUGCUACAAUGAAGCACUUAAGGUAGGGGAAUAAAAAUUAAAUAUUUUUUGUUAUUAAAUCAAAUGUGUAAGGUUAUUGUUUUGUUUUUGUUUUUGUUUUUUUUACCCACACAAGUUGUCAACUUGACAGAUAAGUAAUUAUGACCAAGAAUCUAGACGUUAUUGUUAAAAGCUGACAGGAUUUCCCUUGCUCAGUUGAGAAGCAAAAAUAUUCAACAGAUUCUGUGAUAAGUAAUAAAUUGUUUAGGUUUGACAAUUAUUAUGUUUCUUGCAUAUUCAUGUAAAACUAAAGUGUGAAUGAUAUUACAGUGAGCUAGAUUGAUUACAGAUAUAGUAGCCUGUCAAAGAAAGAUGUCCUACAUAAAAAAGGUGACUUAUUUUUGUUAGCUGUCAUAUUUAUUAAUGUGAAAGGCAACGAUGGCCAUAGGAACCAAAGCAUGGGUAUUGCAUUGCACAGAUCUGGGUAACACAUCGAUGCACUUUGUAAUUAUCAGUGUGUUUGUUGUUCACAGAUUAUCAUAGGAAAAAGGAAAAAAAAAUAACCUUUUUAUGAGGAGAAAGAUGGUAUGAAUAUUAGUAGUGGCUGGCACUGAGUCCAAAUAGUCCCAAUCCUAGAAAUAAAGAAAAGGUAAACAAAGUCAAUUUUGUGUGUGUGUGUGGUGUGUGUGUAUUCAUGUAUAUACACAAGAAAAAUGUUAAGGUAUUCAGUCAGGAAACAAAAGGUUUAAAACUCAUCUUUCUUAAAACUUGUUAAACGCAUAGGGAAAACAAAGUUGAGGCAACUGAAUCGAACCAAAAAUUUGUACAAAUAAAGACAUACAUGGUGUUUUUAAAAAAAUAUACGAACCUUAAAUAAACUACACUUUGUAUUAAAGUCCUUUUAAAUUUCUGUUUUAAAGAUUUAAGAUAAAUACAUUUAUGAAUAAUAAAGCUUUGGGUGAUUUAACCGUGACACCACACCCAAGAGAUUAAGCUUGAUACAAUUUUCCUGUUAAUUUUUCUAAGUUUUUUACUAAUCCAUUUUUCCUGUGGUUCAGCAAUGACAACAUGCUGUUUACAAAUAUUCCUGGGGGGAAAAUCUAGUCACCAGCAAACAAAGAAAUGUUGAUUUCUCUUUUGUUUGCUCUAGAAGUAAAAGGACUGUUUACUUUAAUAACCAUGGAAAAUACUGUUUAAAUUCUAUACAAACCUAAGCAAGAUAGAUAAGUGCAGAGCUCAGUUCAUAGUGGGAGAUGAUUGGCUAAAAUAAAGCCUCGUUUAUUAAGAGCUACACUUAACACCAAGAAAACAUUUCUAAAAUGAAGAGCAAAGAUAAGCAUUACUGCAUUAACGACAAAAGAUGACAUGGGGUUUUAAAACUACACCUAAAUUGUUGAAAUUAACUUUUGUGGGCUUUGAUUUUAUUGAAAUGAGAAAACAAUAUAGCUCCCUAGUAGAUUAAAAGUCAAUAUUUCAUUUUGCUAUUCUUCUGACCUUUUAAAACCCUGAAGUUCUAAAUUUCAAUCUUUAAAAAGCUUUCCUGCAAUGGCUGUUUAUGGUUCAAACAUCAAAUAACUACAUGCAUUUAAAACCCAAUGUUGAUUAUUUUCUUUUUACAUUCUGGGUGGCAAUGGAAUAUUUGCCAUUUCAAACAAUGAAAGAUUUAGCUUUGUGGUAGUGCUUUAUGUGAACUGAUACACUCCUCAGAAGGGAAACUGCACUGUAAAGUGCCAAUUUUUUGAGGCAUGUUUAUCUGCUCAUGUAAGAAAUAAAAUGGAAUUGAAACAAAGGACUAAAAUUGAAGAAUGAACUUACAGUUCUAUUCAAAAUCUUGGCUUUUUAUCAUCAUGAAUCUGUGAUAUUAUCAAUACCAUAAACCACAGAUAUUAAUGCUAUUAAUUUUUUAACUAAAGAACUGUGACUUUUAUUGUACAGGAUGAAAGAUUAAAUUGUAAAAGAAUGAAAUUCCACCUUGAAAUGAAAAAACAAAACAAAGUGAUCCCAAGAACCUGGGAUAAAGCAAUGCAUAAAGGAAGGAAGGAAGGUAUAUAUUGAAGAAGUCUUUCAAAAUGCCCCAGCAUUAAAUCGCACAUUGAGCUGCUGUUAUAUGUGACUACAGUCCCACAGAAAUGGCCUCAUAGUUGUAUCUUAUCUUGUUUUACAAAAGGUCAUUCGGUACCCUUUAAAAUAUCUAUUCCUUUGCUGGAAAGGUAGCUGCGUCACAGAGGGAAACCAAUGAAAGUAAUCUAUACAGACUUUCAAAACCUGUUAAAAAAAAAAGUUUAAGACGUCAUUAAGAGAAAUUAUAAGGGUCUUGGGGCUGAGGUGGGAAGAUUAUUCCAUCUGCCCCACAUAAUUUACCCUUCUUUGCUUUGAAAAUGAGUAUUUUGGAACAAAGUAGAGCUUUUAAAAGUUAUUGUCAUCAUUAUUAUUACAGUUGUUAUAUAAUACUUUAAUUAAGAAAGAUGAAAACCUUUUUUCUUUCCUUAAAUCAGCCCAAUGGUGCUAUUUUACAUGUCGAUACAGUUGAAAGGAAGUACUGUUAUUUUGGGCUGCAGUGUUUCCUCCACAUUGAAGAAAGCCCAUUUUGAAAUUGGAUAUUGCAUUAAAACUAAGAAGAAAAAUUAUUUUAACUGUGUGCAAUUUUUGAAAUUGGACAUUUGUACAUCUUUGGUUUUACCUAAUUCUCUUGCAUUAACAAUUUACUGUUUUGUGAAUAAUGUGUGCUAAGACAAAUUAAGAAAAAAUUAUGUGUGAAAGACUUUGUAUAUUAAAUAAGUGACCCAAACCUUGGU